AUGUGCCUCACACAUGAAUUCCAUCAGACGUUUUUUAAAAAUCCAGUUUGUCUUUCUGUUUUCCUCCCAUUAGAUAGCCUUUUAAUCGAAUUUUCAUCCAUUAGUCACUCUUUCCUUUCUUUCAUUUCGUUAAAACUAUCUUCCGUUCUCACAUAUCAUUCUUUCCUUCCAUUUUUCAUCCAUCUUUGUCUUCUUUCCACCUGUUUUCUUAUCUUCAUUUACCUCCAGUAUUUUCUACAUUUCCUUCUUUCCGUUCUAUUUUCAUUUAUUUAUACUCUUCCAAUUUUUGUACAUUCUUUUAAUUCCCUCUUACUUUUAUUCGCUUUACCUUUUCUUCAUUCUUUUUCUUUUAUUUUUUCUAUUAUCAUUCCUUUUCUUUCACUUUUCUUUUUUCAUUCCUUUUUCAUUUUCUUUCAUUUUUCAUUCCUUUUUCAUUUUCUUUCAUUUUUCAUUCCUUUUUUUUUCAUUUUCAUUCCUUUUUUCAUUUUCUUUUCAUUUUUCAUUUUUUUUCAUUUUUUCAUUCCAUUUUCAUUUUUUUUCAUUUUCAUUUUUUUUCAUUUUCAUUCCUUUUUCAUUUUCUUUCAUUUUUCAUUCCAUUUUCAUUUUCUUUCAUUUUCUUUCAUUUUUCAUUUCAUUUUCAUUUUCUUUCAUUUUUCAUUCCUUUUUCAUUUUCUUUCAUUUUUCAUUCCAUUUUCAUUUUCUUUCAUUUUUCAUUCCAUUUUCAUUUUCUUUCAUUCCUUUUUCAUUUUCUUUCAUUUUUCAUUCCAUUUUCAUUUUCUUUCAUUCCUUUUUCAUUUUCUUUCAUUUUUCAUUCCAUUUUCAUUUUCUUUCAUUCCUUUUUCAUUUUCUUUCAUUUUUCAUUCCAUUUUCAUUUUCUUUCAUUUUUCAUUUUCUUUCAUUUUUCAUUCCUUUUUCAUUUUCUUUCAUUUUUCAUUCCUUUUUCAUUUUCUUUCAUUUUUCAUUUUCUUUCAUUUUUCAUUCCUUUUUCAUUCCUUUCAUUUUUCAUUCCUUUUCUUUCAUUUCUUUUUCCUUUCCUUUUCAUUCCUUUUCUUUCAUCCUUUUUUCCUUCUAUUCAUUAUUCAUUGUCUUCUUUUAACAUUACAAUUUUCUUUCCUUCCUUAG